AUGGCCCCUACCAUGGACUAUGCACGAAAACUGUUCGACACAAUACCCGAAAGGGAUGCAUUUCUUUGGAACACUUUGAUCAGGGGUUAUGCUGAUCGGGGUCCUUGCCAUGAAGCCAUAGUUUUGUACAGAAACAUGCAUCACAGUGGGUUGUCCCCUGAUAACUAUACUUUCCCUUUUGUGGUUCGCUCCUGCACAGUGCAGUUGGCUUUGAGGGAAGGGAAAGAAGUGCAUUGUAACAUUAUUAAAUAUGGGUUUCAUUCAGAUGUGUUUGUUCAGAGCUCUUUGGUCAGUAUGUAUGCACAAAGCGGUGAAACUUUGAACUCAGAGAUUGUUUUCAGUGACAUGAUUGUGAAGAACAUAGUUUCUUGGACUGCGAUGAUAGCAGGCUAUGUGCAAAAUGGGUUCUAUAAAGAAGGGUUAUCUGUUUUGCGAGAUAUGGUUACUUCAGGGACCCAACCAAAUGUGGUUACACUGGUCAGCAUCCUCCCUGCUUGUGCUAGUUUAAAAUUUUUGGAUUUAGGAAAACUAAUCCAUGGUUGCGGAAUUAAAGUUGGUGUUGACUCAGAUAUGGCACUCAUGAAUGCUUUGAUUGCAUUUUAUGGUAAGUGUGGGAAUCUUGACACGGCAAGAUCUUUAUUCAAAGGGAUGGUAGUAAGAAACCUGGUCUCGUGGAAUGCAAUGAUCGCGGCUUAUGAACAGAACAAUGCAGGGACUGAUUCAAUAAAGCUCUUUCGUAGGAUGCAAACUGAAAAUGUAGAGUAUGAUUAUAUCACAAUAGUCACUGUUAUUUCAGCCUGUGCUAGCUUGGGUGCACUGAACACUGGUAGAUGGUUGCAUGAGCUGGCUCGAAUGAAAGGCUUUGGAACCAAUGCUUCAAUCACAAAUGCACUCAUUGACAUGUAUGCUAAGUGCGGGAAUAUAGACCUGGCCAAGGAUGUAUUUCAGGGAUUGCCUCAUAAAAGUGUUGUGUCCUGGACAUCUAUAAUAGGGGCAUGUGCAUCUCAUGGUCAUGGGGAUGAUGCUCUUGUGCUUUUCUCUAUGAUGAAAGAACAGGGUACUAAACCAAAUAGUUUCACUUUCACUGCUGUUUUGACUGCUUGUAGGCAUGCGGGUCUAGUAGAAGAAGGGAGAAAGCACUUUGAGAGCAUGAUUAAAGACUACUCGAUCUCCCCUGGUGUAGAGCACUAUGCUUGUAUGGUUGAUCUUCUUGGUCGUGCUGGUUGCUUGCUUGAGGCAUAUAAGUUUAUUGAGACGAUGCCGGUUGAGCCAGAUGCAGGUGUGUGGGGAGCUUUACUAAGUGCUUGCAGGAUACAUGGCAAUGUUGAGCUAGCCGAACUUGUGGCAGGCUGCCUAUCCCGUUUAGAUACUCAAAACUGUUACAUCCUACGUUCUUAUGUCAAAUAUAUACGCUGA